CUGCUCGGACCAAGCCGUGACCUGCUGCUCCGGCUAAGCUAAAGGCUCCGCACCGACAGAUGUUCCGCGUUGGGGGACGGCGAACAACGGCUUUCCGUGAAAUGCGCCGCGUCCACCGGCACCGGCUCGGCCUGAGGAGACGCUAAGCACGGCGGCAGCAGCGGCUCAAGCUAGCGGCGGUCACUCUUUAGCGGCGCAUGUUUGUGUUUUAAGUUUACCGCAGCUAGCUGGCUAGCUAAGCAGCGCACCAAAAGUGAAACCAGUACAGGAGCUGCAUGAGCGACACACCGAGGAGUUGGACUUCUGCUAAACUGAAACAAGCAGCAGCUUGACCCGCUCCAUCAUGGCCUCCUGAGAUCUUCAGGCUUCAGCGACUCGUCAGGUCGCUCGCAGCUGUUUUGAACCAGAGGCCACCGUUCAGCCCACGACCUGUCUGACCUCCUGAGCAGAGGGAGCGAGCAGAUGGGGAGCUGUUGCUGUCGUGCUGAAAGUCCCUGUGGCAGUGCCGAGGAAAGAAGUGGUUUGCUGACAGAUGACUCGAAGGGCACAGCGUGCACGGGCGAAACGGUGGUGGUCGGCACCUGUGGUCCUGAAGGCGACGAUGACAUGAGAAAAACUCCUGACGAGGAAGUGAUGCAACUGAAGCGGAGUCCUGAGAAUGGAGAAACGGAGCUGAACAACACUCAGGAAAAUGGACCCUUGCCGAAGGAAAGCGUCCAAACAGCGACGCCUUCUCCUCGCAAAGUGUCCGAACUCAAGGAAAACGGCACCAGAGCACAAGACAAAGAAAUGAAGGAAACCGCUGCCGACGGCGAACGGGCUGAACUUCUGCAAUGCACUUUAAACUCUCCACAGAAAGACCUCGCUGCUGCGGCGAGUUUGGAGGUUUGUGAAGCGUCAAAUGCGGAAAAAGAAGAAGAAAAUCCAGCCUCAGAGCAGGACAGAAUCUCAGAUGACGUCCCGCUAAGGGCAGAGACGGUCGGCACUGAAAACACAGAGACGAACACAACAGCAACAGAGCACAUUACUACUCAUGAUGAAGAAGAAGAUGAAGAAGCACGCACCAGUGUUACUGUUGACAGCGAUGUAGCCAAACCUUCAGAGGAGUCGGUUGAAACUAAUGAAAAUGUGCCAAACAGUCAGCCGGCUGCAGCAGCAGGUCAGGAAUCAACCGUCUCAAACACAGAGUCUCUGCGCUGCGCUGCGGUGGAGGAUUCAGACAAUAGCAGCUCUCUGGUCUGCAGGGAGGCCACUACUGAGGACACAAACAUCCCUGAUGUGUCUUCUUCUGGACCGGAGCCGACGAGACUCGACCACAGCGGAGGAGAACGAGACUCUGCCAGCUCAGCCAAAGAGCCAGAGGCCACAGCUCCAGCAGACGCCAGCGAGAGCUUAAAGUCUGAUCAGGAUCCAAAGCCAGAUCCUGAGUGUGCAACUACGAGCUCAAAGGAGGUCACUUCCUCAGAGAAAAUCAAACAGGAUGCCGGGGAGGAAGUAAUGCUGAAAGUGCAGGACGGAGAUGUUCCCAAAGUGAAGGAGGAUGAUGGGAUAAAGGAGGAAGAGGAGGAGGAGGAGAGCACUCUGACCGAGGCUGAGACUCAGGCUGGAAGAGAUGCUGAGGUUCAGGAGGAGACUGGAAAAGAAGAAGAGCAGCAGGCCGAGAAAGAAGCAACAGAAAUAAAGGCUGACGUUGUACCUGCUACUGAGAAGGAAGAAAGCCUCGGGAACAGUGAAGAAGACCUUUACAGAGGAGCUGAGGAGCUGUCGGCAUCACAGAGUAACAAAACAGAAGCUAAACUUUUGAAGGUGGAGGACAGAUGCAGUUUGGCCGCGGCGGUGGAUAUUCUGUCCUACAGCGAGAGAGAGUGGAAAGGAAACACUGCCAAAAGUGCUCUCAUUAAAAAGGGUUAUAAAGAGAUGUCCCAGAGGUUCAGCAGCGUGAGGAGAGUGAGGGGCGACAACUACUGUGCCCUCAGGGCCACGCUGUUCCAGGUGUUGUCCCACAGCACCCAGCUGCCUGCCUGGCUGCAGGACGAGGACAUCACUCAGCUGCCGGAGCGACUGGAGGCCCAGGAAGGCCUGAUAAGUCAGUGGACAUUUCCUGGAGAGUGCCUGCAGGGAGACGGGACAGCAGCCACCCAGCAGCUAACGGGCUACAUGGAGCUUCUCCAAAACAAGUGGCAGGCAGCGGUGGACUGCGCCUCGGCUGCAGAGCGGCAGCAGCUGUGUGAACGAGUGUUUCAGGGCGGAGAAGAGGAGCUCGGGCUGCUGGAGGCGCUGAAGCUGCUGAUGCUGGGCAGAGCGGUGGAGCUGCAUGGCUGCAUGCAGGCCGGCGGAGACGUCCCUCUGUUCUGCUGGCUGCUGUUCGCUCGGGACUCGUCCGACUGUCCACGCUCCUUCCUCUCCAACCACCUCAGCCACGUGGGCCUCAGCGCCGGGCUGGAGCAGGUGGAGAUGUUCCUGCUGGGCUACGCCUUGCAGUGCACCAUUCAAGUUUACAGACUGUACAAGGCGGACACAGAGGAGUUCGUCACCUACUACCCAGACGACCAUAAGGAAGACUGGCCGUCCGUGUGCCUCGUCACAGAGGAUGAUCGCCACUACAACGUGCCGGUUGUAGAAGCUGCAGAACUACACAAGGAGCUCACCUCCAGCUGAUCGCAGCUGCAGAGAAACCUCCUGCCAUACAAACACCCCUCAGGUCCAUCAAGAUGAAAAGAUUUACGCCAGUUAGAGGAAUGGUUUUGGGAAAUACACACUAUCAGCCAAAUGUUUGGGCAUGCCUUCUCAUUUAAUGGUUUUUCUUUACAUUGUAGCUUCUCUAUGAAGACUUCAGAACUAUGAAUGAACACAUAUGGAAUUAUGUAGUAAACAAAAAAGUGUGACAUAAGUCAAAACAUGUCUUUGUAUUUUAGAUUCUUCAAAAUAGCCACCCUUUGCCUGGAUGACACCUUUGCAAACUUUUGGCAUUCUCUGGAUGAGUUUCACGAGGUCUUGUCAAGGUUCAUUUGUGGAAUUUAGCUAAGAAACCACUACUAAGGAAAAACAACAAGCAGAAGAGAUUUGUUUGGACCAAGAAACACAAGGAAUGGACAUUAGACCAGUGGAAAUCUGUGCUUUGGUCUGAUGAGUCCAAAUUUGAGAUCUUUGGUUAAAACCCAUCGUCUCUUUGUGCACCGGGAAGCAUGGAGGAGGAGGUAUGAUGGUGUGGGGGUGCUUUGCAUCGUGUAGCAAUAUGCCAUCUCAUCCGGUUUAAAUUUAGUUGUACCAUUUAUUUUUCAACAGGACAAUGACCCUAAACACACCUCCAGGCUGUGUAAGGGCUGUUUGACCAAGAAGGAGAGUGAUGGAGUACUGCAUCAGAUGACCUGGCCUCCACAGUCACCUGACCUAAACCCAAUCCAGAUGGUUUAGGAUGAGAUGCAUCGCAGAGUGAAGGCAAAAGGGCCAACAAGUGCUCAGCAUCUCUGGGAACUCCUUCAAGACUGUUGGAGAACCAUUUCAGGUGACUACCUCAUGAAGCUUAUGGAGAAAAUGCCAAGAGUGUGGAAAGUAGUAAUCAAAGCAAAUGGUGGCUAUUUUGAAGAAUCUAAUAAUUCCAUAUGUGUUUAUUCAUAGUUUUGAUGCCUUCAGUGAGAAUCUACAAUGUAAAUAGUCAUGAAAAAGAAGAAAAGACAUUAAAUGAGAAGGUGUGCCCAAACUUCUAACUGGUAGUGUACUUGUUGGCUUGUUUUGUGGAAGUUAGUGUCUUUACAUUUACAGUUUAGUUACAGUCUGCAGCCUGGCAGCGUGGCUUAGCACAAAGACUGGAAGUUAAGGGGAACGACAAGUCCGUUUUUGUCCUGAAGUAGAAGAAUCCAAACUGCAUCGUCUACAUCGUUAACACGUUGCAUCUUGUUCUUUAAAAAAACAAAAACCGAAAUAUAAAAUGAUACAUUGUGGUUUUAGGCAGGGCGUAAUCGUGGAAAAACAGAGUCUGACAGAAAUAUCUCUAACUUCUACUAACUUCCCUUAUGUUUAAUUUCAUUAUAAUCGCUUAUCCAUUAACCUGGACUUUAGUCAAUAAGUAAAAAUGUUGUCUUUGGUCAGAAACACUAUUUAGUUUAGUCGUGUGUGUGUGUUAAGACACAUCAGUAACAAAUGAAAUGCAUCAUUUCAUAUUCAUUUAAAGUAAAUACAGGCACUUUUCCAAAGCCUUUAUAAGUGAAUGUCGUGUUGCAGAAACAUGAGCUAGUUUACUAAAAGUGGACUUGGCAGACCUGGUGGAGAAACACACAUGUUGGCCAGAAUGACACCAAAUCCGCUCUUGCAUUUGUGACACAGUCAGAUGUCAGAUUGUACAGAUCAUUUGUGAGGACCGUCAGAUGGAAAAUGGGUUUGCAGACAGAUUGUUUUGAAGGUAGAGUCAGUGAUUCUAAUACAACAUGCAUUUAUUCAGAUUCCUUUAUGAUCUGCUAGCUGUCUAUUGUGUGUGUUCUAAAAGAAAUCAGGUGUUGUUACACAUCUCUGGCUGAUUUUGUUCCCUCUCAGUAGAGCCAGGCUAGCAGUUCCCCCCAUUUCCAGUCUUUAUGCUAAGCUAAGCUAACAACCUCCUGACUGCAACUUCAGACGUCUAACUCAGCAAACAAGCUUAUGUCCCAAAAUGUCGAUCUGUUCCUUUAAAAAAUAUGCUGAUUUGAGACCCUGUACAAGAUGUGGUUGACACAUCCUUGUACACACUGUACUGUAUAGAGUUUUCUAUGUGGGUAUGUGUACAUAUCUGGUAUUCUGGGAUCAUAUUGGAUCCACGUUAGCUUGCAGGGUGUCAUUUUGAGUUACAGAUGGUUUAAAAAAAAAAAAAAAAAAAAAAAAAGCCCAAAUUUUCUUUUUCUCUGUACAAUUCUCAGUAUAAAGCGGAGCUGCCAACAGCACCAAAAAAAGAUUAGAUGGUGUUUACACUGGAGUUUGGGCACUUUGUGUAUUAAUUUAUUGUUUUUGAUUACAUCAGAAAUGCAUUUAAAAUGAAUAAGUGUGACAGUCCUAAGUGAAGCGGCUGAAUUAGUCAAUGAAGGGUUUGAUGAUUUAUCAGCUUACGCCGGAUGACGAUCGGAAGACUUGGAAGAUUAAUCGCAGCUUCUAGUGUCAGAGGCGUGAUGUGUGAUGGUCCGUGUGUGUGUUUGCAACUGUGUGUGUGCGUGUGUGUGUGUUAAACUCAAUGUGUAACAUGUUGCCUUUAACCAAGCUGUACUGAAAGGAAGAAACGUGCCAAUGUUGCUGCAGAUAACUGGCAACAGUCCAAACCACCAGCUGCUGGAUUGAGAAGAAAAGGCUGGCUUGGUCCUCCAUGUUGCCUUAGAAAAAAAUGCACAAUAAGAAUGAAUGUUGGUGAUUCGUGAUAAGAGGCCAUUUCCUUGCCCUAAUUCCAGAGCAGGUGGCGGUGAAGUUAACAGUAAAAUGCUGAUUAUGCCAUUUUGCAGGAAAUGUUCCUGAACUGUCAAAGUUUUGGAUGGCAUUUAAAUAAAAUGACAUUUUUGGGAAA